AUGUAUUUCUUGGAUAAUGGAGACGAAAUUGUGUUAUACGGACCGGACAAUGCUGAGAAAGCCACUGUUGUUGUCUGGGAAUGGAAACCACACUCGGGGAAGGAAAUCGGAAAAUUGUCGACUUUUAGAAGAACGGGGAACUCUUGGAGCAAAGAUAACGCCGCUGGCAACUUGUACCCGGAGAUGAAAGUGAAUACCUAUACCCUUGCUCUAACAAUUGAUAACCCCACAUUUAAAUUGGCGGGAAUUUUCACUUUGAAUCAAACAGAACCGAUAAAGCAAAUCCUGAAACAAUAUGAAAUAUUUGUGAUGAAAGUUGAGGCAAGUCCACAGAGGGCUCAGUUGGGCAGUGACGUUACACUCAGCUGCACCAUCUCCAGACUCUCAGAUACAGUCAGUCUUCACUGGAGACCCAUGGACUCAUCCCAGCAGAACAGGAGCAACACUGAUCAGAUCCGCCUGGAUAACACGGUCUAUCUGAUGGUUCGACACGUUACAGUGGAGGAUGGGAAGCUGUAUGUGUGUGAAGUGCGGGAAAACGGAAACAUUCUUCACACAAGUAACGGAGAUUUUACUGUAAACAACGGUGAGUGUGUACACCUCCCAUUGGGUAUCAAGUAGACA